AUGGAUAAUGGUGAAUGGGAUCUCAUGGCCAUUGUGCACAGCUGCAAAGCUACCACCUUUACUAAUCCUCCUAGCACUUUUGAAACUUCACCACCUAAAACCCCAAUUACCACCACCACCACCACCACCACCACCAAUAACGGUAUUUUCACUCAAAACACUAUACCGUCUUACUUUAACGAUUUUACCGUUAUCCAAGAAAAUCACCCAGUCCCUGUUACUCCACUGAAAUCGACUGAUUUCAUAGAUCUGGAGAAGUUGAAGAUCAAUUUCAAUCACAACAACACUCUCGACAUCCCUACAACAAUUAGCCCUAACCCCACCACUUCUUCCCUCAUAUCUACCACCACUACUCCCACCUCGUCAACUACCAUCAUCCCCACCUACAUCACAGCUGCUCCUUUUGAAAGUGUGUACAACCAUCAACUAAUUCCACAACAACCUCUGAGACAACACAAUCAACUACCAAUUCUACAACCCCAAACCCCAAUCACCACCAAUAACAUUAUACGCCCACAAAACACCACACCAUCUUACUUUAACGAUUUUACCGUUAUCCAAGAAAAUAAUUCAGUCCCUAUUUCCCCGUUUAAACAAACCAACUAUAUAGAUCUAGAGAAGUUUAGAUUCAAUUUCAAUCCUCUCCAAAUCCCAACACUUAACCCUAACUCAACCACCAUCACGACCCCCACCAUAAUAACUACCCCCACCACCUCUAUCCCAACCCUCAUUCCCACCACCAACAUCUUUUCCCCCAACUCUGCCAUCACUAUUCCUGCCUCGUCUACUACCACCCUCCUCACCCAUAUCCCGACUUCUCAUUUUGACCGUGCAUACAAUCAUCCAUCAGUUCCACAACAACUCCCAAGACAUCACAAUCAACUGCCAAAUCUACAACCUGAAACUAGUUCUAGGGUUUUGCCAAAUAUAAAUCCACAACAACCAAAAUGCAAAUCAAGAAAAAGGUAA